UAUAGAGCUAGGAGGGGUAUUUUAGGCCAUUAUAGAUUAGAUUGCAUCUAGUUUUAAGUUCAUUAGGUAUUUGUAUAUCUUAAAGUGCACUAAAAUGUUCCGAAUUUUUUAUAUUAUAUUAUUAAUAAAAUUUGCUUGUGCGGAAAUUUUUGAUUUUACUGAUGUUGAUGAUCCGUUGAACACCGUGUUUUCACAAAAUGAAAAAAUACAGUUGAAAGUUACGGAAUGUAAAGCAAAUACAAAAAGCGGUUUAAAAUACGGAACAUGUGUCCCGUAUGGUACUUGUUUACUUUCAAAAGGAGCGCCUAAUGGAUUUUGUGGGUUACUGCAGACCUGCUGUAUUUAUGAAAAUACUUGUGGAAAAACUAGCAAUGCCAAAGUAAGUUACUUUGAAGAAUCAGAAGUACCUACAGGCACCACACAUUGUGAUUAUAUAAUUCAGCUAAGAAACAAAAAUAUAUGUCAAGUAAGACUGGACUUCAUUAAAUUUAACUUGGCUCCAGCAACACUUACUCUGCCACAAUAUGCAACAUAUAAAGUUUACAAAUGUGUUAAUGAUAUAUUCAGAGUAUCGCCAAACCAUUACAAUAUUCCCGAUUUGUGUGGCAAUAACGAUAAACAACACGUUUACAUCCAUAUAAACCAAACCGAUGGAGUAACUAAAGGUAUUCAAUUACAAAUGACUCUUUCAAAUAGAAAUUAUAACUCUCAGUUAUUCUCGCCAUCUUGGAGAAUAAAAAUCACACAACUGGAAUGUCCAGGCAAAAGAGAAGGAAUUAAUUUUGGUGAAAAUAAGGACGUGAUUGAAGAUUAUCCGUCGCUGGCUCCUUUGGGUGCUUUGCAGUAUUUUACGGAGCCCACUGGUUAUAUAAAAUCGUUUGGAUUUGAUGGAUCGGUAACAAAUCAAUUAAGUUAUACUUACGGACAGGAGUAUGCUAUUGCUUUUAAACGAGAAAUUGGUGUGUGCGGCAUAAAGUUUAGCCCGGAUUACGUAUAUUUACCAUAUCAAAAUCCUUCUGGAGCCUACUACACAGACAGUAACUGCAAGCACUAUUUAUUUGUUCCUGAACUUUAUUUUGACAAUAAAAAUUCUUACUCUAACGCUUUAGUCUCUAAAGUGUGUUUGUCAGAACCGGAAACUUUUAGAUCGUAUGCUCCAGGACCAUUUUAUCUAUACUUUAAUUCGAAACUGGCUGAUUUUACCACAGACGAAGAAAAGAAACAAGGAUUUAAUAUAAAAUAUCAACUAUUAAGUAGAUGCCCAUAAAAAUACA